UUGACGUCUCGAGUUGCAGCCCUCGGAUAGCAGCGGACCGUGUCGUAGAGGCUCCGUGCGAAGUGCCGUGAAAAGCUGAAAAAGUGUAUUUACAGAGCAGCGGCCCGACUGCAGCCGGGAUACGUAUCACGUCACCGGGGGACGGAAUAAUAGCAGCCACGGCAGCUGCCAGCAGCAGCUUGUCCUCCAGCGGACAGUCUCGAUAAGGACUCCAGCUUCAGGUUCAUAUGCAUGUGGGUGGAGUCGCACAGACCACUGAGUCAUGUGAAGCCAACCGGACGGAGGAGGUGUCACUGAGAGCGGGACCCCACCCUCGGUAGCAACAGCAGCCUGCCAACAGGCGACCUGCAGUACCAUCAUGCGGAGCAGUCUGUUUCUGAACCAGCAGACAGGGCUGCUGAAAACCUGUAGCAGUAACCAUGGCAACAGCCUCAGCAGCAGCCGCCUUCCAUUGGGCGUCAUCUCCACCAACACCCUGCGUCACGCCAUCAGCAGCGGUUCGGCCCCGCAGCUCCUUCCUGUGCUGGAUGGCUGCGAAAACAACAUGUCCCGUCUGAUCCAGAGCCCCACGGAUGAGGCAGACGCACCACUCGACGUCUGGACCGUCAUCAAACCCGGACACGUCCGCGAGAAGAUUGCCAUCUUUGCCUCAGAGGGGGGGCAGGCCAACAAAACUGAGGGCGGAGCCGCGAACGGCGGCUCCAGUAACAGAACGCCACCGACUGCUGUAACGGCACUGUCGAGAGCGGCGAAAGCAAAAGGCAGCUGGGAGGAAAACUGUAGCGCGAAAAAGCGCCGACGGUCCUGCAACAGCCAGAACCUCCAGCGGGACCUGAGGCCCCGCGUCACGCUGCCGCAGGCUGUGGAGCUGCCGGUGCAGCGAUUGGAGGGGGAGCGUGGUGAGGAGGAGGAGCAAAAGGUUUCAGUGGUGGAGAUGGUGGCCGUCCUGGAGCAGAGGGCCAGCGAGCUGCCCGAGCCUAAACCGCUGCUCACACUACAGAGGAGCUCCACCACCAUCACCCUGUCCAGAGCGCCGCUGCCCGAGCCCCGGGGGGAGGGGCCAGAGAGCCUGCGAGUGUCCGACAUGGUGGCCAGGCUGGAGUCCGAGUGCCUGAGGAGGAGUUCGGAGGAAAGCCUCUCGAGGAGCAACAGUCUGAGGAGGUCUGUGGGACGAGUGCUGCUCGCCAACAUGGAGCAGAGCUCCGCCCCCAGCCUGCCGUCGCCAUCACCGUCUCCACCUGCAGCGCUGAGUCCGAGCAGAGAACCAAUCAGCUGCCCAGAAACCACCAGCAAGGAGUCGCUUGCUUCGGCACAGGCGCCGCCCCCUUCAGAUGUUUACACAGACACAGAAGCCCCGCCCUUCACAGAAGCCACACCCCCUGAGCCAGAAGAGGCGGAGCCACUUCCCGGUUUGUUGUUUUUGUCUGUCCCUCCCCUGACACGACCCCGCCCCUCUGCUGUUCGCCCUUCUUCCUGUGACUCGAGCCAAUCAGAGCAGAGGCGUUGGCAGCCUCGGCUUGUGGAGGAGGCGGGGCAUCCGCUGACACGUACGUGUGCGUCGCAGGACUUCUUGCAGUUGCGUGAGCGCGUGCAGCAGCUGCUGCAGCCGCGGCCGUUCCUGUGGGCGCUGCCCCACCACCUGCUGCUGCAUAUCCUGCACCUGCUGCCCACGCACAGCCUCGCCGCACUCAAGUGCACCUGCUCUUACUUCAAGGUUGUCAUGGAAACGUACGGCGUGCGGCCCGCCGACUCACUCUGGGUGUCUGACCCUCGUUACCGUGACGACCCCUGUAAGCAGUGCAAACGACGCUAUGAACGGGGCGACGUGUCGCUUUGUCGCUGGCACCACAAACCUUUCUGCCAGGCGCUGCCCGGCGGCCCUGGAUACUGGAUGUGUUGCCGUGGAAACCGCAGGGACGCACCUGGCUGCAAUGUCGGUCUCCACGACAACCGCUGGGUGCCGGCGUUCCACAGCAUCCACGCGCCAAUCAGGAGGAGCAAUAAUCACGAUGACUGACUGUGUGUGUAUGUGUGUGUGUGUGUGUGUGUGUGUGGGGUUGUAGAGACAUGCGACGAGAAACAACCGAUGAGCCGUUUUUAAAGCUGCGGGAAGCCGAUCCCUCAGCACGAAAUCUAUUUAAAUCUGUUGAUUCGACCUUUGAGGUUGGACAAGUGGGGAAUCUGAAUCAUCUGCAGCAGGAGACUCGGCCAGGACUCCUGCUCUCCUCCUGUCUGUCUGCUGGGAUAGCGCCACCUGCAGGUCUCACAGACUGAACACCGUACUGAAUGGGAAAAUGAAAAAAAAACAAAACGGUUUCUCGUUGUGAAAGGACGUGAUUUUCUGCAGCUUUGACCUGGCAAGGUAACUGAGGGGGUGUGGCCUAUGCAGGCUCCUCCCUGGAGUGUCUGUGGGUGUGGGAGAGAAAACAGAUGGAGUUUGUUCUCCUCGUUUUAUGCUUUUAAUAAUAAAGUGCUUCCUCGUCUGUUUGACCUCAA